AUGGCUUCCAGUACAUCGGUGAAUACCUUGCCGCAGCCAUUGUCCGCGCCAACUACUGCACCAACAGACAACACCACUGCGGGGUCUACCAACCAUUUUACCCUCUCAGAAAUUACUCUAGCCCGAAUAAUUUCGGAAACAACGCAGGCGGUUAUGGCCAACCUCCAGUCACACACCAUCCCAUCUACACCGCUCGAGUUCUCAACGGAGACGCGUGAAUUGCCAGUGGUUGCUUCGGGUGUGUUGGGUACGGCAGACGCCACGAUGCAGGGGCCGGUGGCGUCUGCUUUACUCAAUAUAUCAGGUUUCGAAGUUCAAACGGCUAGCUCCGGUGGGCGUUCGGCCAACACCGACAGUCAUACCGCCUCACCUUCUCCCACACAAUUGGCCGCUAUUACCUCGCGGUUAAUUCAAUCUAGUUUGCAGCCUUCGUCAAUCCCUACCUAUCGCAGGGCAUGGAAACUCUACAAUCAGUUUUCUUCUGCAGUUUUUCAAUCUGCUUCAGUCAAACUGCCCAUAUCGCCUUCAGACUUGGGUUUAUUUAUCGCAUUCAUGUUUCAGCGCAAUUAUGCAGCCUCGACCGCGAAUACAUAUGUUUCUGCAUUAGGUUAUUGUCACCGUUUAACGGGCGUGCAUGACCCUACAAAGGUAUUUUGGGUUCUCGAAAUGUUGAAAGGAUAUGGUAAGCUUGGCUCCGGUGUUGAUGCACGCCUUCCAAUCACUAUUUCUAUCCUCCGCACAAUUUUACAACAGACUUCUCUCGUUGCAUCUAGUGAAUAUCGCGCACUUUUAUUUAGGGCAAUGUGUACGACAGCCUUUUUUGCCUUUUUGCGGGUUGGUGAAAUAACGACUUGCCCACGGUCUCCCGGCGUGCUUCAAUUAUCUCAAGUGGUUCAGCUUGUUGAUAAUUUGGGCAAUAUUUCCGGUUUGAAAAUCAAUUUUGCGAACUUUAAACAUUCCUACAAUCAACCUCGUGUUUCUCUUACACUUCACCGCCGUUCCGAUAUUUGCCCUGUGCAGACAUUACUCGACUAUUUUGCGCGUCGCGGUUUAUCCGAUGGCCCACUUUUUCGCACUCUCGAUGGGCGCGCAGUAACACGCAGACUAUUUACUGAGCAUUUGGCUUUGAUUUUUCGUGCAUGCGGUCUUGACCCUACUAAGUAUAAGGGGCACAGUUUUCGAAUUGGUGCAGCUACUUUCGCUGCGGAAUGCGGUUUUUCUGACGCUCAAAUCAGAGUAAUGGGUAGGUGGAAAUCCGACGCAUUCCGCAAGUACAUUCGUAGUCCAAACUUAUCUUCGCGACCUAUGUCGCAUCAUAUGUUGACAUGA